AUGGAAAACCCUAACCAUGACGGCGCCGCUUUUCCACCCCUCACCGACCACGAACCCACGGCGCACCAAUCGGAGCCCGGCGCAUCCUGGCAGAGUUUUGACAGCACCCAUAGGCAGUUGAUCCAAUCAAUGGUGGCAAACUUGUCGGAGUCGGAGAAGGUAAACCUAAUAUUGACAGCCGCCAUUAGAUACGCCGUCGUGCGCGGAGACCUCAUUACGGCGCUGGCCAGGGACGAAUCUAGGACGAUCUGCGUCCAUAUCCUAGCCUGUGACGCGACAACACCAGUUAAGCUGUUUCGUGUGCUUAACGAAUUCGAGGACAUGGAUAACGCCCACUUCCAGUGGUGGUUCGAACCGGAUUGCGUCAUUGCUAUGAUCUCUUUUGUCGAUCCAAGGUCCGCAACACGGGUCCUCCAGACGUCGGCUGAGGAUGUGGACGAGCUUCAGCUCCAAUGGCAUGCCUACACUGCCAAUUGUGCCGCCUGCCCUUUAACAUGUGGAAACACAAACUACGUGGACCCUUCUAACAUUUCACGGGCGCCUGACGGUUAUUACACAAGCACUGGCAACACAGCGAGUGUCACUUUUCCUGAGGGCUCUUCCUCAACAACUCUCCCCAAGUUUCUUGAGCUUAACAUGUGGAUUUCCGGUUCUGUUGAAGUGCGUCCUCUUCCGCUAAGCGGUCAAAACAGCUAUCCAUUGGACCAAUAUGACCGAAUAUGGGAAGCUGACAAGGAUUUCUCUCCUUACCACGUGUCUUCAAGUUUCGUCACUCAAACCAACUUCAGAUCAUCCAACAUCAAAGGGAGCCCUCCCAACGCCGUUCUUCAGACAGCCCGAGUUUUGGCGAGAAGGAACAACCUCGUAUACUAUAUGCCUCUAAGUAAUAACAAUAAUCAACGAGAUUACCAUACCCUCUUGAAAUAA